UGCGGCCAAUGCAUCCCGCAGCUAGUGCAGCCAGCAGCAGCAGCAGUCGCCAUCAGGCGAGUAAGAGAUCAUCAUACAGUAAUAGGCCGAUGUCUCCAUUAGGCGAAGCGGUCGACCAGACCCCGCACUAUUUCUCUUUCCUCUUUUUCAUUCCGUCCUUAGGCCAACGAGGAAUCAACGUACUGUAUUGAUCUGACCGAGUCCAUUUUUUCCUUUCAUUUUGGCGUACCCGUCGACUUCGGUUGGGCAGAAGAGUGUAGCAUGUCUCUUUUUUUCACAAACGUUUUUCGGCUGAAGUGUCCAAACGAUCAUUCGCGCGUGGUCUCGUCAGCUUUCGAAUUUCGACCAUGGCAAUAAACACACAGUAAGUCGACUCUUUCUUUAGCAGUCAUUCGACCAAUCCGAUUGCUGAUCGGGCACUCCUUUAUCGUGGACCGAAGUAAGAGCCCUAAGAAAAUACAUAAAAUAGGCACGAAAUACGAAAUUAAAUAGGCGCCAAAAGAUGAAAUUAGAUAUAGUUACAUAUCGAAACGAUUUCGCGAUGCGAUUGAGAGAGGACUGAUCCGAAAAAAGUGAUCGCAAGAUCGAUUCCCAGUGGUCGAUUAUUCUGAAUCGACUGAGUUUUAAGAAAUUGCUUGCUUGCUUCAGAGCCGUAUUGAUUAAUGGAUUGAUUGGUUGAUUAAUUGAUUGGUUUAUCACCAACUGACACGUGUGAUUGGUGUGGCGGCCACUAGACAAAAUUUCUUCCACACAACUCGUCGCUGUGUUUUGUCGAACCAAUCAAUCAUUCCUGAUCAUCGGCACCAUUUCCAUUCAUCGUCUUUCGUUGUCAUCACGAAUAUCACAAGCAUUAUCACCAUCAUCAUCAGUAUUUUCAUAGUCGUUAUCAGCAUCACCAUCAUUGCUGGUUACCAUCUCACCAUUAUCAUCAUCACCGGUGUUUGCACAGUCAUCACCAGCAUCACCAUCAUCGCGAGCUAACGUGUUCAUCAUAAUCGGAUCACAACCGUUCAGGACAAGCACGCCAGCCAGACUGUGGAGCUUUAUCUAACGCUGACGUGACUCGCUGAUUGAUUGGUUGGCGCGCCCCCGGUUUACUGUCGGAGACCUACAUGUCUAAUAAUACAGACAUUUAAUCAGAUCGAUUCGGUGAUCCAUUCUUUUGCCCUCCAUCCCAACCACGAGUUGGAACCGUCGUCAGCACGCGUAGCCCAGGGUAGGGAAGGAAUUAUUGCGGAGGUGAUCGUUGAACAGGUGAUUAGUAAUAUACGAGUAAUAAACUCGUGGAGUAGAAAAGUCUUUGUCGUGUCUGCUCGUCUUCCCGUUCCCCCCCCCUUUCCUCCGCCCCUCCUCCGCCCCUCCUCCCGUCCGUCCUCCGCCUGCGGCUCGCUUUUCCGGUAUCGAGAUCGGAAAAAAAGGGAAGGAGGUCGUGCAUGUGGUCGAUUUCGUUGGGGAGCAUUGGACCGCUCCUCCACCCCUCUUAUUUGGCAUUUUAGCCGGUAUGAGCGCUCCGUCAUUGAUCGGAAAGAAGCGGAAGACGGAGGAGAGCGAAUGCGAGAAGUUAUCUUCGCGGUUAUCAUCGCGGGAUCCGUCGCCAAUGGCGGGUGAAUUGUUUCCAGACGAUGGAUUUCGGAUUUGCCGUAUCUGUUUGGAGCCGAGCGCUUGUCCGUCGCCGUGCGCCGCUGAAGAGGGGAAGGGGUCUCAUCCGCCCACUCGACACCAGCAGCACCCGCAUCAGCAAGCAUCGCAGUUGCUUCAGUCAUCAGCUGCGCAUCAAGCCUCCAACGAAGAUCAAUUGGUGUCGCCAUGCGGAUGCACAGGGACCCAAGCUUAUGUGCAUCUGAAGUGCUUGAGGCGAUGGCAAAUGGCAGUGAUGUCAUCAAGACACCCGGGGGCAAAUUAUGCACCCGCACUUAUAUGUUCUGUCUGCACGAAGCGGUUCUCAUUUGCUCCACCGAAACCAGCAUUAGCUAUGCGUCUAUCGGGUAUCUUGGACUGCUAUGCGAGGGAGGUUGCAGCACUCAUUAUAUUCUUGGGUUUAGUUAUCGGUGGGGGUGAGGUCGUCAGUCCACUGCAGCGUCGGUCUUGCUCUCAGUGUCUGAAUCCCUACUCUCCCUCCUUGAUAUGGAUCAUCCCAUGUCGUAUGCUCAAGUUCUGCUUUCCGUCGAAGUGAGUGGUCGUUUGUUGUCUCCGCCAGCGGAGAUCAUAUUGUCCAGUCCCAGCUCCUGGUCUUCCUCCAUGUCGUCUUUUUCUUUCCCUAUGUCCAUAUCCAUAGUAGUGGCCUCAUCUUGCAAUGAGCUCCUUGAGGUCAAGAGAUCCUCGUGCUUUUUUUCUUCCUUGAUUGCACGUGGGUCGAUCACCGGGUGAGUUCGUUAAUUUGGAUGUCUCCAACCAUGCGGUUGGAUAACUAAAAUAACUUGUGCUUCUCAUUGCGGACUUUUUGGUUUACACGAUUUCAACUUUCAAGCAAAUAAAGCAGCUAUUAAAGC